GCUGGUUCCACAUUUCUUGUUCACUCAAAGAAAGAGGCAUAUUCUGUGAUAAACAGCCCUUGUAGCUUUCAGUCCUUCAAGGACUUAUAUAUGGUGGAUACACAAUUCUUUCCCGGAAACUUCUGUUCUUCCAUUUGCAAUAUGCUGAAAAAAUCUUACCCAUGCAAUGAUAUGUGUAUAUUACUCAUCCACCUUAAAGGAAGCAAUUCACUUAUAUCUAAGAUAACUUCUAAGGAAUACAAUAUGCAAUCUGUGAACAUUAGAAUAGCGUUAACAAAUAAUCUACAUAAGGGUAUCUUUAAUAAUAAUAUGGUGAUUGAUAUUUGUUUGUCAUCUAUUCAUGAUGACUUAAUUGAUUGCAAAAUACGUGAUAUCAUUACGUACAAUAUGAAUUAUCAGUUCUUUAGUUCUGCCGUUACCGAAUCAAUAAUCUUAGCACAUCGAAAUAUUGUGAUCACAACUAAUCAUUAUAAUGAAACAAAGUAUAAUAAAAUUGGUGCUCUUUUGGAAGUUCAGAAACAAUAUCAAAGUCAGUGUAUUACAUAUAAUAAAAAUAAAUUAAAUUUAGAAGAUAAGUGUGUUAAACAGUCCAACAUUCCUGAAAAUAUUGCCAUUCUGAAAAUGAGAAACAAAAAUACUUCAAGCUUUACUGGAUCAUCAGAUACUUAUGAUGAUCAACCUGACAAUUACAAGUCUGAUUAUGCUACUAACAGCGCUUUAUUUAAUAUUUUAUCUUACCAAGAGUCUGAAAGUCUAUCAGGGAUUGCAUUCAGAAUGAAUGGUAUAUCUGUAAAUCAAGAAUCUUCAAAAAAAUUGGCUUCUGGAAAUGGUCAGAGUGAUUUUAUUUCAAUGACAAAUGAUUUUAAGGAUCUGACUGGAAAUAAAAAAUCAUCAUACCAUGAACGCUGGGGAAUAUCGCCUCGUCUACGCUUGUGUGGUGGUGGUGAAAGUUCUUUAAAUAGUGGUACUACUGGAUGGGGAAGCCCACCUGGUUCUAAUACUGGAAACGCUAAUUCUGGAAAUUGGGGUACAAGUGGUGGUCCUGGGGCUUCACAAUCACAAUGGAAUGCUAACAGUGCAACUGGCACUCAACGUCCACCAACAUCACAACCUGAUGGAUCUUCAAAUAAAGCAAAUGCAACUGCUUCGAACACUCAAAAUGUUGUUCAAACUCAGGGUAACAAUACUCAAAAUAAUAAUGGUCCAAAUUGGAGUACAAAUACUGGCCCUACGGGAGCUAACACCAAUCAAUCAAAACCUGUUAGUUCUACGGGAAACUCAGCUUCAGGGCCUAAUAAUGGAAAUAUUAAUACUUCCAAUGCGCCUAUAAACACUACUAGUAAUGCAGGAACACCUGCCUCUGGAGCUUUAUCAAGUACAACCACUAAUCCCUGCAGUAACUCUGCAAAAAAUCAGCUUGAACAGUUAAACACAAUGAGGGAAUCUUUAUUCAGUCAAGAUGGCUGGGGCGGGCAACAUGUUAAUCAAGAUACAAAUUGGGAUGUACCUGGCUCUCCAGAACCUUCUGGACCAAAACCGGACCCUAGUGGUGGACCACCAGUUUGGAAACCCAGUAUAAAUAAUGGUACUGAUCUUUGGGAAGCAAAUUUACGUAAUGGUGGCCAACCGCCACCACAGCCUGCUCAAAAAACACCUUGGGGUCACACUCCAACUACUCACCUUGGUGGAACAUGGGGAGAAGAUGAUGCCCCAUCUGAUUCAAAUGUUUGGACUGGAGGCCCCACACCUCCACCUGCUCAAUGGGGAACAAAUAAUGUUCCAAGUAGUGGUAUGUGGGGAGGUAAUAAAAAAGAGAAUGAAUGGGGUAAUAGUGCUAGCAGUGCUAACAGUAGUGGUGCCUCAUGGGCUUCAGAUUCCAGAAUGGAUCCUCGAGGAAUGACAGAUCCUCGUGAAGUCAGAGACAUGAGAAAUAUGAUGUUGGACCCACGUGUCAUGGGAGGUAGUGAUUUGCGUAAUAAUGGUGAUAUGAGAGGAGAUACUAGAGGAAUUUCAGGACGUCUCAAUGGAUCAACUGAAAUGUGGGCUCAUCAAAUGGGUCCUAAUAAAAUGGUUCCACCAGGCCAGUGGAGUGUUGGUCCAAACGCAAAAGAUAUGAUGUCUACAAAGUCAUCGGGAUGGGAAGAACCCUCACCACCCGUGCAAAGGCGCAACUUACCUAACUUUGAUGAUGGUACCUCUCUCUGGGGAGGUCAAAGUGCUGGUACUGGAGCUGCAGGUGGCAGUGGGAGAUUACCAAGUGCUGGAAGUGGUGUGGGGUUGGCACACUGGAAAGAACCAGGUGGUGUAAACAUGACUGGGAGAGGUGGAGGGCUAGGUAGUGGACCAGGUGGACCAGCACCAAAUCGAUUGCCUAACAAACCUGAUCCCAUGUGGAUGUCUGGGCCUAGAAAUGGUUCUUGGGAUGAAAAUCCACACAAUUGGGAUGAUAAGGGAGGUAUGUCUUGGACAGGUAGUGAUAAUAGUAUGAACCCUGGAGGAUGGGGAGGAGGUCCCAAAGUACCCAAACCUAGUGGAUGGGCUGAUAAUGAUAUGCCUUCAGAUUGGAAACCCAAUCCACCCUCUAAACAACUCUCUAAGGAAAUGGUUUGGAAUAGUAAACAAUUCCGAAUACUUUGUGAGAUGGGAUAUAAGAAAGAAGAUGUUGAACAUGCACUACGUAAUCGUGAUAUGAAUUGUGAAGAAGCUUUAGAGUUACUUAGCCAAUUCAGAGGUAAUAUGGGCAACGUAGACAAUUGGGGACGUCAUCGUGACGAUGUAUCUUUCGAUCAUCCUCCCAACAGGUUUCCUCAAUCUAACAUGCCUCUUGGAAAUCCGAGUGGAAAUGGGCCAAAUCUUCUCAAUAAUAUGGGAGGUGCAUCUUCAAAUACUAACCCUGGUCUGGGUAUAAAUUCUAAUAUGUCAGCAAUUGCUCCUGCUUUAGUACAGAAAAUUGUGAAUCAAACGCCAUUCUCACAAAGUGGAAGUCAGACAUCACCAUCUACUCUUCAGUUGCGCAUGUUAGUUCAGCAAAUUCAGAUGGCCGUACAAGCUGGUUAUCUCAACCAGCAGAUACUUAACCAGCCUCUGGCACCACAAACAUUAUUAUUAUUGAACCAGCUACUUCAGCAAAUUAAAUCAUUGCACCAAACUUUAGGUCGUGGAAAUAAUACUAAUAGCCUUCAUGUAUCUGUUCAAAUAACAAAAACUAAGCAACAAAUUCAGAAUUUACAAAAUCAGAUAGCAGCACAACAAGCAAUGUAUAUUAAGCAGCAAGCUGGUGGGCAUAUUCCGGGAUCUACUGGACCACCCGAAUAUUUCAAAGGACAUGAAACCAUUUCAAGCAUGCAAGGGAGUUUUUCUGAAAUGUCUCUAAACAAAGAUGUACCAGUUGGUUCAAGUCAACAAUCUAGAUUGAAUCAGUGGAAACUUCCAUCUUUAGAUAAGGAUGUGGACGGAAGUGAUUUUUCUCGUGCGCCUGGAACAUCUAAAGCUCAGAAUCCUAGUCCAAAUAUGAAUCCUCUUGGACUACAAAAUGAUGGGACAUGGUCAGCUGGUAGAAAUAUUGGUGAUGGCUGGCCAACUGAUUCAAGUGGAGACUUAACUGAUGGCAAAGAAUGGCCUGUAAAUUCACAAUCAGCAGCUGCAUUUACUGAUCUUGUGCCUGAAUUCGAACCUGGAAAACCUUGGAAGGGAAAUCAACUAAAAAGCAUUGAAGACGAUCCUAGUAUUACUCCAGGUUCUGUUGUUCGAUCACCACUUUCUAUUGCUUCUAUAAAAGAUUCAGAAAUUUUCACAUCGAAUAAAACAUCACCCACCACAGUACCUGAGCUUCAACCCCUCAGUCUUAGUAAUUCUACUUGGAGUUUUAAUCCAUCAACUACACAAAGUUUUUCUAGUUCAUUAAGCAAAAUAGGCGGCUCUAAAAGUUCUUGGUCUGCUGGCGAAACUGGACAAAAUGCUCCCAGUGCAACAACUGCAGAAUUAUGGGGUGCUCCGGUGAGCAAAUCUCGUGGCCCACCUCCUGGACUAGCUAACAAAAGCUGGAAUAGAACUGGCUGGGCAUCAACAUGGUUAUUGCUCAGAAAUUUAACUGCACAAAUUGAUGGAUCUACUUUGAAAACACUAUGUAUGCAGCAUGGCCCAUUACAUAGCUUUCACUUGUACCUGAAUCAUGGCAUUGCUCUUGCCAAAUAUUCUUCAAGAGAAGAAGCCAACAAAGCUCAAACAGCAUUAAACAAUUGUGUGUUAGGAAAUACUACUAUUUUUGCUGAGAAUCCAUCUGAUAGUGAAGUAAAUAACUAUCUACAAUCCUUGGCUCAUGGAGCUCCUCAACCACCUAACCAGGUAUCCCAAGGCUCUUGGAGGCCUCCACAGCCGCCCUCUAAACAAGGCGGUGACACUUGGGGUGGUUCUGUUUGGCCACCGAGUGGAGGUGGAGGAGGAGGCUCUCUCUGGGCCAAUUCAUUAGAUGGCUCUGCUGAACAACGAGGCACACCAUCAAGUCUCAAUUCAUUUUUACCCGGUGAUCUUUUGGGAAAUGAACCCAUGUAAAUCGAAAAAGUGUUUCAUUUGUAGAUGUGUAUGAAAAAUUGUACAAAAUGUUUUUAUAUGGUACAACUUAUGUGCUAAAUAAGCACGAGUACUAGUCCAUUUACUUAAAUACAUGAGUAUUUGAUUAGUAGUGAUUAAUCAAAAAUUCCAUGUGUAUGUUAUAUCAGAUACACAAGCCCAUUUACCAUUAUUAACACACAUGAUUUAUUAAUCAUUGUUUGUUCAUUUUGUUUUUUACAUUGGUGUGCUACAAGAGCCAAUGUCAAUUGGUAUGCUAGUCAUUAUUCUCAAACUGAAAGUAGUUGGAAAAGAGCUUUGAGAUUAUUAAAGAUGUCCUUAUCGAUCGGAUUAUCUUUCUUUAUUUUACUCAUGUUUAUCUUAUUUAUUAUGCAAUCAUUGCUUUCUAAAGCAUGUAUAAUUAAAUUGAUUUUAAGUUAAGUGAUAAAAAAUAUAGUUGUGACUAUGUAA